ACUGAAAAACACGCUUCCUGCACACAUACUAUUCAAGAGACGCUCAUGCAUGGAGAAGGGACGCUGUGUAAUAUCCUACCUACCUCUGACUGAGCCUGUUUUUUUUAAACCCUCACAAGUAUUAAGACAGGUGCGUCAGUUAAUAACUUUCCAUGAUUGAGUGUGGCAUUUUUUCCUGUGUCAUUUAAAUCUAAGCUGAUACACUCAUCGAGACUUGUCUCGGAACCUGCUGAGUGCGCUCACUGGAUGCUUUGGGUGAACAGGUGGCGCAAGCUCCGGUUCCCUUAAUUUGCUAUUAGGGGCGAGAGGCAGGCAGACCGGAGUUAACGCACUUUACCGGACGUUAAGUAUUUAAUACCUGGCUUUAAGCUGGGCGAGGGACGAGCUGCGUAGUUUUCUCCCUUGUUAAAAGGAGACAUUUGACAAGGGAGCUGUUAUGCCAGUUGCCGACAGCGACAUGGUAGUGGACAACAGCCACGGGUUAUAUGAGGGUAAAACCCCAAAUAGUUCCGGCAAUGAGAGCAUCUUCCCGGCCUCCCUAUGCAGUCCUGCAGCGGACAUCCUCAAGAACUUUUACCACACCAAACGGGUCGGGAACUAUCUGAUUGGGAGGAAGCUGGGAGAAGGAUCAUUCGCCAAAGUUAGAGAAGGUCUCCACGCGCUGACUGGGGAAAAGGUGGCGGUGAAGGUGAUUGACAAGCGGAAGGCUAAGAAGGACUCGUAUGUGACCAAGAACCUGCGGAGGGAGGGCCACAUCCAGCAGAUGAUCCGCCACCCCAACAUCACGCAGCUGCUGGACAUCCUGGAGACAGAGAACAGCUACUACCUGGUGAUGGAGCUGUGUCCUGGCGGGAACCUCAUGAACCGCAUAUACGACAAGAAACGCCUGGAUGAGAGGGAGACUCAGAAAUACAUCCGACAGUUGGUGCUGGCCGUUGAGCACCUGCACAGGGCGGGUGUGGUGCACAGGGAUCUGAAGAUAGAAAACCUCCUGUUGGAUGAGCAGGACAACAUAAAGCUCAUAGAUUUUGGCCUCAGUAACUGCGCUGGCAUCUUGGGAUACUCAGACCCAUUCAGCACCCAGUGUGGAAGUCCGGCCUAUGCCGCCCCGGAGCUGCUCUCCAGGAAGAAGUACGGGCCGAAGGUGGAUGUCUGGUCCAUUGGUGUGAACAUGUAUGCAAUGUUGACUGGGACUCUCCCGUUCACCGUGGAGCCCUUCAGUCUCCGAGCCCUGCACCAAAAGAUGGUGGACAAGGAGAUGAACCCUCUACCUCCCUCGCUCUCCACAGCUGCCAUCUGUCUUCUGAAGAAGCUUCUUGAGCCAGAUCCCAACAAGCGUCCAAAUAUCCAUCAGGUGAUGGCAGAUUCCUGGCUACAGCUGGCAAACAAGAACACAGGGGCACCAUACCUCAACAGGAUUCACAUUGAGGAAAUAAACCACACGGUGUUGCUGCAUAUGACGGAGAAGAUGGGCUACAAGCACAGUGAGGUGCUUAGCGCUGUCCUCACCAACCGCGCCUGCCACACUCUGGCUGUCUACUUCCUCCUCAACAAGAAAAUGAAGAGACUCUCUAAAGAGUACAGGGAGAUGCAGUUCCAGGAGAAAAAGAAAGGAGAGAAGCAGAAAAGCGAAUACUUCCAGACCCAGUGGAGGAAGCACGUCGACAAGCUCACCAUCCCUCCCAAACAGACGCCCGUCUACCUUGCUGUUAGCAAGGGCCCCAGCAAGGAGAAGAAACACAGAACAGGUCUAUUGCGUGCCAUAACUGGUGGCCAUCGUAAUUCACCUCUGGCACCACCCGGCACAGUUGCCUCUUCCUCUAUGGAAUAUCUAGAGAUCCAUCCUCUCUUUCACAACACCCCUCAGCAACGGAGGCGCUUGGCCACCCUCCCACAAGUCAAUACGAGCCCAGAACACAACAUACCUGCUCCACCAGCACCGUCACCGAUCGGCAUGCAUUCCUUCGGCUCCCUCUCCAAAGCUGAGCAAAUUGAAGACACCCCGGCUUCACCCUGGUACAAGCUGACCAAUGGGACUCUGUCCCCGCCCCGCCACGUCUCUGCUUUCCAACCCGACUCCUCUUACUUGAAGAAGGCCACAAUCCCCAGUCCUCCCGUCCUCAUUGUCAACCCGCAGCCCAAGAAGAGCAUCUCAUCAGAUUGGUGCGGUUCUUCUGACACCAGUGGCAGCCCCCCGAGCACUGUAGGAAGCCCCCCAGGCAGCUCGGCUUUUAGCCCUCCAAAGUCCGCCUUCAGUCCCCUCAACCCCACCUCGGCAUUCAGUCCUCCUUCCAACAACAGCAGCAGUGAUCCCGACAGCCCAACGCACCGCAGCAAGUUCCCCUCUAUGGGAAUCGGACAGAUCCUAAAGAAGAAAGUCCAGCUGCAGCCGUUCUCCUUCCGGCCAGAACAGGUCGUUGAGGAAGUGGUGUCUCCACCUCCCUACCCCAUGCAGACUCUUCUCUGUGCUUCAGGUGCACUCAAGACCCUCUGCUGAGGGAUACAUGACAAAAGAAAAUGAAAGAAAGACAGACUGAACUCAAGGCCCAUCUCAACAUUUUGUUUAAGUUGAAGAGGUCUUCCAGAGCGGCCUUUUGAACUGUGAACUGUCCCUUUAUUGCGACUGAGCCACUUUUCCCGACAGACUUGAUCAGUCUAAAAAAGAAAAAAAGAAGAAAACAAAAAGGGGUUUAAAACUAUUUUAUCUCCUGUUAUCAUUAUGUAAUAAGAGGUGGUGACGCUGAGAAGAUGAGAUUUGAAACGGAUCCCUGAGCAAUGACUAAGCCUUGCUGUGUCCUAGAUACAGAGUGGACAUGGGACAUCAUGUAAUAUGGGCCUUGCUAACAAGGUGUACAUGCACACACAUACACAGAAAACACUGUAUUAUAGACUGAGUUAAGAGAUACUCUCUUAUGUAAUAUUGCUGUAACUGGUUACUAAUUGAGCCGCAGACUGAUUCACACCAGCUAACAGACCCCGACCCUAACCCUGAUUACAUGUAUAAAUGUUUUGUCUCUGUGAAAACUCUCUAAAACUCUACCCACUGACUUCCAGCCAGCUGGCACUGUAUCCUCAAUGCUGACUGGAUGAAGAAGCUCACUGCACUAUUCUUAAAAACCAAAACCUGUACUAACAACAGUGUUUACCAUCUUUUACCUCACUGCAUUAUUCAUACAUUAAUGUGUAACAGCAGUCGAUUGUGACAUGCUUGUGUGGAUUUUGCCACAGUGUUGCAGUGUCUGAGCGUUAGUGCCAUUAGAAUCAACACACUGAAAUAGAAGUAGGUACCAAGAGUAGAGUCAUACUCACAUACAUACUAUCACUCAACACAGAUAAUAAUUCACAGCUAUAACUUUUUAUAUGCGAGUGUUACAUCACCUCUAUAGCCCACAGGGAAACUGUAAAAGUCUUAGUUCUGACUUUCUCACAGUAGGAUAUGCCUGUUCAGUCAGUUAAAAAAAAACAAUAAAGGAAAGAUAAAAAAGAGCAUCAAAAGCCUUAUGAAACUGAUCAACCUCGCCAAAAGGCUGAGGGUGUGAAUGUGGGAAGAAUUGCUACUAGGAUCACACAACAUCCAUGAAAAUUAUUCACUUCUUUGUGUCUUAAUGCUGUAGUUUGUGCAAUAGUCUCUUAAGUGUUAACCGCAAUGAUGAGUAUUUGCCAAGAGCUCUCUGAGAGUAAUGUGAAAAUUGUGCUUGUAAAUAACAGUACGACUCCUGUGUUCCUGUCACUUCUGUACAAAGGGAUUCUAAAAUGUUUGUUGAACUGACAUUUUUACAUGAGAGUAGCUUCAUAAAACUAUUUGACUCUACAGAAAAGGCUUCCACAGGCACACAAGGCUUCUCACUGUUAAGAUACAGUAGAAUCUCUUCCUGUCCAUAAGUUGCAUGCAAUGUUUCACGAGUCAACGUUUGAAAUUAACGUCUUUGUACCUUUUUUCUGGUUGAUACUGAGAUUGAUACAGACUCGGGGGUCUUUUGUAAGAUUUUGUAACGGAUGGUUUUGUUUGAGUGUCAAGAGAUUUCUAUGCUGUAUAAAGUAUUUUAAAUAUUUAUACUGAA